CGCGGUCUGGAUGGUGCUCCUCCCGGCGCCAGCGUUGGUGCCGCCGGCGGCAGCAGCAGCAGCAGCAGUAAUAUGCUCACUCGGGUGAAGUCUGCCGUGGCCAAUUUCAUGGGAGGCAUCAUGGCUGGCAGCUCGGAGCACGGCGGCGGCGGUAGUGGCGGCGGCGGCGGCGGCUUGGAUUUGCCCCUCCGCUUCCCUUACGGCAGACCCGAGUUCCUGGGGCUGUCUCAGGACGAGGUCGAGUGCUCCGCCGACCAUAUCGCCCGGCCCAUCCUCAUCCUCAACAAGGAGACCAAGCGCCUGCCGUGGACCACGGGCUACGCCGAGGUGAUCAAUGCAGGGAAAAGUACACACAACGAAGAUCAGGCCAGUUGCGAAGUACUUUCUGUAAAGAAGAAAACAGGGGGAACGAAUUCUACACCAAACAAAAACUCCUCUACCAAACGGAGGUCUUCGUUGCCAAAUGGGGAAGGCUUGCAGCUGAAAGAGAAUUCAGAAUCGGACGGCAUUUCUUUCCACUACUGGUCGUUAUUUGAUGGGCACGCUGGAUCUGGGGCAGCCGUUGUAGCAUCCCGGCUGCUUCAGCACCAUAUUGUGGAGCAGCUACAGGAGAUCGUCGAGAUCCUGAAAAACUCCGCUGUCCCUCCCCCCACCUGCCUGGGGGAGGAGCCAGAAAGCACCAAUACCAACAGCAGAACUCUCACCAGGGCAGCCUCCUUACGGGGGAGCUCCGGAGCCCCAGGCUCACCCAGCACCCCACCGACUCGCUUCUUUACGGAGAAGAAGAUCUCUCAUGAGUGCCUCAUUAUGGGGGCGAUUGAGUUAGCAUUCAGGGAAAUGGAUUUGCAGAUAGAGCGAGAAAGGACUGUAUACAGUAUUUCUGGGGGCUGUACAGCCCUGGUUGUGGUGUGUUUACUAGGAAAGCUCUAUGUGGCAAACGCUGGAGAUAGCAGGGCCAUUAUAAUCAGAAAUGGAGAAGUCAUUCCGAUGUCGUCAGAAUUCACGCCAGAAACGGAGCGUCAGCGUCUUCAGUAUCUGGCUUAUAUGCAGCCCCAUUUGCUGGGGAAUGAGUUUACGCACUUGGAGUUUCCAAGGAGGGUUCAGCGUAAGGAAGUUGGGAAAAGAAUGCUUUACAGAGACUUCAACAUGACUGGCUGGGCAUACAAAACCAUUGAAGACGAUGACUUGAAGUUUCCCCUUAUAUACGGAGAAGGCAAGAAGGCUCGUGUCAUGGCAACUAUUGGGGUUACAAGAGGACUUGGAGACCACGACCUGAAGGUGCAUGACUCAAACAUCUACAUCAAGCCUUUUUUGUCCUCAUCACCAGAGGUGACUGUGUAUGAUCUUCUCCAGUAUGAGCAUGGGUCGGAUGAUGUGUUGAUCUUAGCUACAGAUGGACUCUGGGAUGUACUAUUAAAUGAAGAAGUGGCAGAAGCUGUCACUAACUUCCUGCCAAACUGUGACCCUGAUGAUCCCCACAGGUACACGUUAGCAGCUCAGGAUUUGGUAAUGCGCGCCAGAGGAGUGCUGAAGGACAGAGGCUGGAGGAUAUCCAAUGACAGACUGGGCUCAGGAGAUGACAUUUCUGUCUAUGUUAUUCCUUUAAUACAUGGAAACAAACUCUUGUAAAACAAGCACCAAACUGGUAAUAGGGAAGGUGUGCUUUUUAGUAAGGAGCACUGGAAAAGACAGGCUAUCAGGAAAUGAGAACAGUGUUUCUAACCAGUAUAUUCUAUUCUAAGGUUGGUUGGACUGGCUAUUUCUACCUGAAUUGUACAUGAUUUAAAGGUAUCUCUUAGAAGUUACAGCUUCCCUAUGUUUACAGUUUUGGUGCAUAUCAGGACCAGGACUUUAAUGCUGCUAGUGUAUUAGUGAUUUCUUUUUAUUGUCCCUCCUGGUGAGGAUCCUAUUGUAAUCUGAUAGAAGAAUUUAUCUUUCCCAGUUUAAUGUAGCCUGAAAUGCCACUUGAGAUGGGACUUGGGAAAACCAACUGGUAAUGCAGCCAUUAUCCCCCUCCCACCCAAGUCUCAGUAUCAGCUGACUUUACUUUGGAACAAUUUUAAUUUAUAAGGUAUUAAGGUGAACAAAACCUGAUAUGACAUUUAGUUGUUUGUUCUAAAGCUGUUAAUGUUACUCAGUGGGAAACUUCUAAAAGGUUUUAUUUAUAUACAUGAAUUCAAGCUUUUUGCU